AUGCGUUUCGGCACCCCCGGCUACCUGGUUACCUUGGGCAUUAUUCUGUUGUCCACUGUUGUCCACGCGAUCCCUCUUGCUUCCUCAGAAAGCAACUACGAUACUUCAUUGAAAUCCGUUUCCGGCGAUGAAAAGUUUCAGCAUAGUGUGUCCCAGCCCCGAUCACAACACUAUAUAUUAUCGGACAGCCUCGGUCAGGAAUCCGAAAAGCAGCAAUCACUCAACGUCACAUUUUUCCCUGGCGUACCCGAGGGACCUAGGGAUACUGCUGUUCAUGGAGACUUUGGCCUGGCGUUGAACAUGGAGGAAUUAGUUACUUCGUACCUGAACACCAAACUCGUCAACUAUUUUCCAAAAGGGACGUUGAAGCGUAACAAUAUCACCUGGGUCAACACAUACUCCAAAUCAACGGGGUCGCAAUCCACAACCGCCGUUACCAAUCCAACCUCUGUUCGGUUCCUCGCGGAAUAUAGGAGUAGUAUUGAAGAACUGCGGUCUGGUUCCACUGCUUCAUGGAUGGGUGUGGUGGAUGCAGAUAGCCCAAAAGGUGCCGCUCGCGGUUCGCUUCAGAAUAUUAAUCUGGGACAAAAACCUCAGACUGAGGCAGACUUUGAUCAGUUGCUGUCUGCUCAUCAGUCACCGGCAAAGGUUUCGAAAUUUGCGACACUUCGCUCAAAGGUUUAUUCGAAGUUUGGGAAUUCGAGAAGCUCUUCAGCUCGUAGUGUUGAGUAG